AUGCUAUCAGAGAAAGAAGAUGAAAGCGCAAAUGAACAAAACUUUCAAUUGACAAGCGACAACUCCACGGCAGACGAGCAUCCAGUCGAACAUAUAUUACAAAGUGAGGUCGUGCCGCUGGAUUCGAACGCAUCGAUCCAAGAAACGAUUGCCUUCAUGUCGCCGCAAAGAUCGGAUGCACCAACAGAUAUCCCGACAAGGAAAAGCUGUGUUGCAAGCUCUCCAUCAUAUGUCGUGAAGGAUACCGACUACAACACCCCUGGUAGUGCGAUGAACGCUAUGGAAUUAUCUGCCGAAAGCAGUAAAGAAAACCAAGCAGUGUCUGUUGACCCUGAAGUUCCGCUCAAAAAGGAGUCGCCCGUUCAAGUACCAGUAGUAUCUGAAUAUAGUGUGCAAUACGACUGCAGUUUGAACAAAGAGAAGCCCACUGGGUCGACCGUUGAUAGUAUCGUCACCGAUACUAUUCGAAUUAACAAUCAUGCCAUUGCAUCGUUAGAGCGACUGAACGAGGUGGAAGCCAAUUACAAGAGUGCGAAGACUUUGCUUUUGAUACAGGAAGAUAGAUUGCGUCAAGUGAAAAGCAGCAGUAAAAGUUGUCGAAGGAUGGAAAUUCUUUGCGGCAUUGCUUAUGAUCUACAGUGGCAUGUUGGUUCUCCUUCGUGCGGCUUGAACGCAUUUCGAAAACAUGAGUUGUUGGGUAAGCUUGACACCUACCUUGAAGCUAUAUUGAUACGAAAGGAGCAGACACUGCAAGAAAGAGCUGACGCGUUGCAAGCUGGCUUAGAGCAUUUUAUAGCUGUGGACAUACCUAUUGUCGAUAAGCAAGUUGCCGAAAAGAAGACAGAAGCUGUUAAGCUUAACAGCAUUUCGAAUGGCAACAAUAUGCCAUUAAUCCAGACUGAUAUGCACGAUGACCGACCUGGUGAUGGAAAUGAUAGAGUGUGGGAGGACGAUGAUUGGUUUGAAGAAGGAGCAUUUGAUGACCCGGCAAGUGAAUCAGAUGAGCAAGAAGAUGUUGUGGCGCAGAUUUCUUCUGAAAAGAGUAACUUGAAACUCGGAGGUGAUUUUCUGGCCGUAAAGAUAGAAGAAGAGGCGUCGCUUCGGUGGCCUCGCGAGCUACCGCCGUUUUUGUGGUCCCUACUAGAACGAGUAAUAUCUUCUGAUCCACAAUCGUACGUUAUGAGGGUAACACUGAAGCGAUUGCUCGAUGAAAUCGCAAAUGGUAGUGAAUCAACCUCUUUUUUGCAUGUCACGUGA